CUCUUUCUCGUACUGUUGUCCAUGGAGCCCUAAUCCUCCCUUCUCUGACGGAUGGAUACUCCGAUCAAUCUAGUUAGUUGUGGAUUCGAUUGCAACGUUGUUGCCUGUGGGAUGAUGAAUACUCCACUCCAAUCCAUCCCCGUCAGUUCUAUUCGGUUCUACUUCUCCUAUUAUUCCGUCAGCGCAAGAUUGAUAUCGGUGGUGUGCAUCCACGCGAGUUCGAGUGCACGUAUUAAGGCGUCUAUCACCAUAACCUAGUAAAGUACUUACUGCUAGUAGCAAUUAAUUUUGCAAUUUUUUUUGGCCUUCCUGCACCUCCAUGCCCCACGUUACGCCCAACACUGGAGGUGGAAAUUUAAGAUUCUUUUCGUUAUGGCACAAAGAGACACGACAGCAAUAAAGAGAACACAAGUCAGCAAGGAUUGAAUUUUACCAGGAUACAAAAAGAAAGGCAAACAGAAUGGGCAAGACCUGGAAGAGUCUUUAAUAGAAACAGUAAUAGAGGAGGCUACACUCGAAGUUCAUUGCCUGGUAAACCUCCGCAUGCAACAGGGACCCACACAGGAAUUUCGUAUUGUGAAAGACAACAGAACUAAGCAAAAAGAUGAUGGUGAGGCUGUACCAGAAGCAAUGAAUGGCAACAAACAGGCUGUUUCAAGUGUUAAAAGCUCAACUGAAAAGCUGGCUGCACAACACUGCUUGGUUGAUCGAAAUGAUACUGGAUGUGGAGAAACACAAGCUGACAAUGGAAUCAAAAUUGCUGUUCGAGCCCAUGAUAAAGAAGUCAAGUCUUCUGGUGUCAGAAAGUUGGAGCAAUUUGAAGGAAUGCAAACAACAUUUGUUGGUUCUCAUGCAGUUCUAGAAAAGGGUGAACUAAACAGAGUGGUUACUGUGGCAUCAGGGAAAAAUAAAUUUGCUGGUGAACUUUGCUGUUCUUCAUCAGAUCCAAUCCAUGUACCCUCUCCUGGUUCUAAAUCAGCUGGAACUCUUGGAGCCAUAAAGCGUGAAGUUGGAGCAGUUGGUGCUAGGCAACAGCCUUCUGAUAGUGCAGCAACAGGCACAUCUACUUCAAACAGCUUAGUCAAAGGGACAUCAGGAUUGAAGGAUAAUACUUCAAAUGACCAACAAUCUGGAUUUCCUAUUGUCUCUUUGAAAAACGCCCGUUUUAAUUCGCCUGUAUCCUUGAGCAGUAGGCCAUUUCCUUCAAGUCAAUACCAUUCUAAGCCGCAGAACCAUGUUAAUCGUACAAAAGUUAACCCGCAUCUGGAGUGGAAACCCAAAUCAAUAAGCCCCAGCGCUAUCAAUCAUGAAGUAAAUGUUGCACCAUCCGGUGCUCCAUCACCUGUUGAUGGUAAUCAGGUGGAAGUGGCUUGCUUGUCUAAGAAGCUUUCAAGAGCUAAUUUAUCCAAAGAUGAACAUGUCAUAAUACCUGAGCACAUCAGGGUACCAGACUCCAAAAAAACUCAUCUCAUCUUUGGUUCAUUUGAAUCUAAAGUUGACCCGAAGUCUUCUGUGGCAGCCUCUCAUACUGUUGUGACUAAAGAAGACAUGACUGAUCAUUCUCCUUCAAGUCUGACAGCAUUGAAUUCCAUCAUAUCAACUGAUAUUGUGUCUCCUAAUGACCAGACAGAUCAUGUUGGUUCUCACGACCCACUUCCACAAUCAUAUUCUGUUGUUUCAGCUUCUGAACAUCAUCGGUUGUUGACUGAGGACAUGGAGGUUCCGAGUCCUGGUGUUAUUUGCGAGUUUGGGACAAAUGAGAUGAUUUCAAACAAGGUCACACAUUCUUCACCUCAAUUUCAACAUCAGGAUAGUCCGGCUAUGCAGAACUUUAAGGAAUAUGAACCUGAUUCUAGAUACGGGAUGCAGUAUAUUACUAAAGUUGUUGAUGGUGAAACAGCCCAAACAGUAGUUUAUCCAUCUGAGGUCAUGGGCUUACAUCCUGCAAAUGUCAAUCAGUAUCCUGUAUCUGCAGCUACUCAACAACCAGUACCCCAGAUCUAUCCCCAACAAUUUCAAGUACCACAGUAUCCAAACUUCUUGCCGUUUCGGCAUGUUUUUUCUCCAAAUUAUGCACCUCCGAUGGUUGUCCCAAACUAUUCAAGCAAUCCUGCAUUUCCUCAGUUACCACAUGCCAGUAGCUAUAUGGUAAUGCCAAAUGGAACCUCGCAGCUAGCAGCCAAUGGCAUGAAAUAUGGACCAUCCCAUCAGUAUAAGCAAGUGUUUACAGGAACCCCUGCUGGAUAUGGUGGUUAUGCAAAUCAUAACAGCUACCCUGUCAGUACCGGUGUAAUUGGCAACACAGGUAAUGUUGAGGAUGCCAAUAUGAGUAAAUAUAGGGACAACAAUCUCUAUGCACCCAACCUGCAGACUGAAACAGCAGAUGUGUGGGUUCAGGCUCAUAGGGAGAUCCCCAAUAUGCCAUUAGCACCGUUCUACAACUUGAUGGGACAACCAGUGUCACCCCAUGCAGCAUACUUGCCACCACACAAUGGUCAUGCUGCUUUCAGUCCAGCUACUCCCCAUCCUGCUCACUUGCAGUACCCGGGUUUUCCCCACACACUGCAGCAGACAUCAAUGACCAUGGUGCAGAACCCACAGGCCAUAGUACAUCGGCCAGCUGCGCCACCAUUGGCAGGAAAUCUCGGCCUUGAUAUGGCAGCCAUGGCUCCUGGAAGUCAGGUUGGAGCAUUUCAGCAGAACCAGCUUGGCCAUCUCGGUUGGGCUCCAUCUCCAACAUUUUGAAGAUCUUGAUGUGCUUCCCUGGUGCGAGAAGUGAAAUGAUCCAUAUUGAGAAAUCCCUGAUUGAAGUGCCAUGCUGUAAUGCAGGAUGGGCCUGAUGAAUGCCAGGCUUAACUAUGAAAAGGGUAAACAAUUUUUUUUCCGUCU